ACAAUUCAACUUAAUCUAUCGGCGGGAGGUGGCAUUAUAUUAAGCCAACAACGCUCAGUGAUGAGCCAGGAACGUCGUGCUUUGAUUAAACAGAUCAUCAAAUCGGCCAAUGUGGUUUUAGUGGGUCUGCUAAUGUACAAUUUGUGGCGACACAAAUGGACCAAAGUGAAUUUCCAUCAGCAGCAUUUUUGAUAGAUUUUAUGCUUUGCUCUUUCGCUUUUUUGUAG